AUGAAACAGGUCGAACAUACCAACGAUGAGCGGCGGAUGCUGCAACGGGUCAAACAUCCGUUUCUGGUCACCCUUUGGGGGACAUUUCAGGAUUCAAAGAACCUCUACAUGGUGAUGGACUUUGUCGAGGGGGGAGAGCUGUUCAGUUUGCUUCGCAAAUCGCAACGAUUUCCGAACCCGGUUGCGAAAUUCUAUGCAGCUGAAGUGACACUGGCUCUCGAAUACCUACAUUCACAACAGAUCAUCUAUCGUGACCUUAAGCCAGAGAAUCUUCUGCUAGACCGCCAUGGCCAUCUGAAAAUUACCGACUUUGGCUUUGCGAAAGAAGUUCCGGAUAUCACCUGGACACUCUGCGGAACGCCCGAUUACCUGGCACCGGAAGUGGUCUCAUCCAAAGGCUACAACAAGUCGGUUGACUGGUGGUCGUUGGGAAUUCUCAUUUUCGAGAUGCUCUGUGGAUUCACUCCGUUUUGGGAUAGCGGUUCGCCAGUCAAGAUCUACGAGAAUAUUUUGCGAGGAAAGAUCAAAUAUCCGCCUUACAUGCAUCCGGACGCUGUAGAUCUGUUGUCCCAGCUCAUCACACCAGAUCUCACGAAACGAUUAGGGAAUCUGCAUGGGGGAUCUGAAGACGUGAAAAGACAUCCUUGGUUCGCCGAAGUAACGUGGGAUCGACUCCUGAGGAAGGAUAUUGACGCGCCGUACGUGCCUCCUGUGAGGGCUGGUAUGGGCGAUGCCAGUCAAUUCGAUAGGUAUCCUGAGGACCAUGAGCCAUAUGGAUGCACUGGUGAAGAUCCAUAUGCCGACUUAUUCAGCGAAUUUUGA